GUAGUAUGUUAGUUACUAGAUGCACCCAAAAGGGGGAAGCCAUAUUACCCAUUGAUUCUCUUAUACAUUAGGUACCAUAAUUAAUCGCGCCAAACCACCUUACCCUUUUGCGCAAACCCUAAAUAUGUUCAUGUGCAUAAGUUAAAAAAUUUGAUGGGUCAAAAACAAAAAUAAGCCUUUCCUUUGUUUUAAUUUUUACGUACUUAUAGCAUAUUAAUCUUCCAAAUGAAAACCUCUGUCAAAACAUCUUUCCGGUAAGGGGUAAGGGGAUAGAUACAUCAAUUAUUGAUUUUGUACAUAGCUUUUAUAUUUUCCAAUAUAUCUAUGUUCCCAAUCAGAAUAAAAACAAACGUACAUUACUUUUACAUCUACUUAUGUUACUGGGUCGCUUAUGAACAACGGGGCCUGUCUUCCAUGGUACCGGUGAAUGGUCUUGAUAAUGAAUAAUUCAAACGGAAAUCAGAAUAAUACAGAGCAAAUCGCCAUGGUCGUAGGUUCACCUAGUGGAAUGUCUGUUGCAUCUGAUGAUGAUGACAAUAGCCCGUCAUCACCAGGCUCUGCAUAUGAAGAAGGUGCAGACCUUAUGGCUGCUGCCAUGGGAGAUGAAGUUACAGCACAAUUAGCUGCUGCAGGACCUGUUGGGGUGGCGGCAGCAGCAGCCAUAGUUUCAUCAAAAAAACGGAAACGACCACAUUCAUUUGAAACAAAUCCUUCAAUACGAAAAAGGCAACAAAAUAGGUUGUUAAGAAAACUUCGGCAAACUAUUGACGAAUUUGCUACCAGAGUUGGUCAGCAAGCGAUAGUAUUAGUAGCUACUCCUGGUAAACCUAACACUAGUUACAAGGUAUUUGGAGCGAAACCUUUAGAAGAUGUUAUAAAAAACCUUAGAGGCAUGAUAAUGGAGGAGUUAGAAAAUGCCCUUGCACACCAGGCACCUCCUCCAAUCCAAGAGGAUCCCACACUUUUCGAAUUGCCUCCACUUAUAAUUGAUGGCAUUCCAACUCCUGUUGAAAAGAUGACACAAGCACAAUUGAGGGCUUUUAUUCCAUUGAUGUUGAAAUAUUCAACUGGAAGGGGGAAACCUGGUUGGGGAAGAGAAUCUACGAGACCACCUUGGUGGCCGAAAGAGCUGCCUUGGGCUAACGUGAGGAUGGAUGCACGAAGCGAAGACGAAAAACAAAAGAUAUCGUGGACUCAUGCCUUGCGACAGAUUGUUAUAAAUUGUUACAAGUUCCAUGGAAGAGAGGAUCUUCUACCAGCAUUCACUGAAGAAGACGAAAAAGCCAAUGCUGCUGCCACCGCUAAUGCCAAUAUAACUACACAGUAUACUCCAACAGUACUUCACACCAUUACGAAUCCAGAUGGUACUGUGAGCAUUGUCCAGGUUGAUCCUAACAAUCCAAUAAUCACUUUGCCUGAUGGAACUACUGCACAUGUUCAAGGAAUGGCUACGUUACAGUCUGCGCAGGGUGAUGGAAGUCAAGUUCAUGCUAUUCAAACAAUCACAGAAGGUGGCGCUGCUGGUGAAGUCGUGGACCUCAAUUCUGUAACGGAAGCUACUCUGAAUUCUGAGGGGCAAAUUAUAUUGACUGCUGAAGAUGGACAUGUAAGUGGAGUGAUCACAGUACCAGUAACAGCAUCCAUGUAUCAAACUAUGGUAGCCAAUAUUCAACAUCUACACACAAACAGUGACGGAACUGUCUGUGUCACCCCUGUAGUACAAGUACCAAAAGUGGAACCAAAUUGUGGUGAAAGCAUGGACACUUUGACUGUUACUCCAAGUGGUAUCACAACACAUUCAAUGAUGAUACAAGGUUCUGGUGGAGAAGCUCCCCAAGUACUUCAAGUAUUGUCCUUAAAAGAUGCUACAGUUUUGACUAAAGCCAUGCAAGGCAUCGCCGAUGUCAAAACAGAAGAAACAAUAAUAAGUGACCAAUAGAUUAUAAUUUUAUAAAAAAAAACGUUUUAUAACUGUAUGCUUUUGCUGCGGUAUCAUCUAAAAGUAUGUCUGAGUUUUCUUUCUGUAUAUGUAUGUAAUUCCAUUUAACGUAAAAGAAAAUAUUUUCUAUUUGCCAAAAAAAUAUUUCUUGGAAAUUCAGAGAAUGAAUGUUUUUCUAUCUUACCAAGAUUCUCAGAUUACCAGAAACUCAGAUAAACCUGAAAGUCCACAACUACUGAGGGUGAACUCGAUUAAAUUGCGUUAUAUUACUCAACAUAUAAGAUCAAAUCAUUAAAUUAACUUUAUAUAAAAAUUGAAUUUGCUAAUUAUAAUAAUGUUUCUUUGAGUUCUCUAUCAGUACUAGUGAUACUAAAGUACCUUAUAUGAUAUAUUUUUAUUGGAUGCAGUCCUCUAACAUGUCUUACAGCAACCAUAUCUGUAAGGAACUGAUUAAAAUUUACUUUAUGUACAGAAGUUGUAAAUUGAGUCUUGAUGUGAUUAGUAACUAGGCUUUAAUUUUAUUUGGUAUCUUUUUCAAUAUUAUCGUCGUUAAGAAUAGACGAAUUGUAACAACAUAAACUUUCCUUCAGAUUUUGCCCUAGGAUAUGGAUUAACUGUUGCAAAUUAUCUAUAUUUAAUUGAAACUUUACUUUGUACUGUACUUAUAUAUUUUUAUAUCAAUGAAUUGAAUUUGGGGUUAUUAUUUAAUAUCAAUUAUUAUGUAAAUAUUUGAUUUACCAAUUCCUUGAGAAAUCAUUAAUUCCAUACAUUAAACUUCUUAAGAGUUUAUCCAAAAUAUCUUUAAUUUUUAUAUAUUUUAUAGUUAUUGUGCAAUACUGUAUAUUUUUUCACUUGUUUAUGAUUAUAGAAUUGACUUUGAAUUUUCUAAUGUAUAUAAGUUAUACAAUUAUUCGAAUUAAUUUUCUGUUUUUUUAAUGAUAGUUACUCAUAGAUUCUUCCAUUUUUUACAAUAUGUUAUUCCUUGAACAUUAGUAUAGUUUUUAUACACAUAAAUAUAUUGCGGGAUGAGAGGACACCAAUAUAUAAAUAUCAUAAAAUAUUUGUUAGUUUUGAGGAUUAAAGCAAGUAAAAUGUAUUCUGUACAAAUAUGUAUUAUAAAUGAAUAUGAACAAAUUGAAGUAUAUUCAACCAAAAGUAAAACAAUAUAUCAUGAAAUUAUAACAAAAAUCUUUGAGGUGUUGGUGUUACAUUAGUUUCCCUAAUAAAAAACCAAUAAUAUAUAACAAAAAUAAGAGAACAAACAAUAACUAUGUUUAGAAGAAAUGCAUUCAAGGCAAACUUUCACGAAAAAUGCUUCUUAUACUUACCUUUCUUUCCUGCAGUUGCAGAAUACAAAAUUUGUGUUGCUAUUACACAAUAUGUUUGUGAUAGCUAUUAGUCUCAAGACUUUUGAGGUCUACAUUUAACACCAUGGGUUAUAAAAUAUUUUACUAGUAUGGAACAAAUAUCAAGCUGAAUAUCUUGUGAUGUCCAACGUAGCACCAAAUAUAACUACAAACUACUACAGUGACUGAAGUUAUUAUAUUCAAUGAUAUUCAACUAGCCCAGGAAUGCUUAAAAAACAUAGGAAAAAGUUUCGCAUUUUGAGGUUAUGAUUUUGACGUCAUUGCGUGCUCUAAUUGUUUCAAUUCAUCUUUUUUUUAUUUUGAUGUGUUUUCAUAUACAUAUUUCUUGUUGUUUAUUCGUAUUUACUUUCAAACCUACAUUGUAACUUAAUGAUUUUUUUAAACUUCCCAAUUCUUAUUUGAAUAAUUAAAUAAUUUUGUGUCUAAACUGUCCUAUUUAUUUGUCUUGUCAAAUUUAAGAUUUUAGUAAAUGUCAAGCUAAACUUGUGCAUGUUUAUUAUCAAAUUCAAAAACACCUAAUCAAAUUUUCUGGCUCAAAAGGUUAGAUUGCUGUGUUAUUUUUGGUGUCAAAACAGUUUGAGCCAAAAAGUGGUUUGAAUACAUUUUUUUGCUCAUCUUCCACAGUCUUGAAGUCAUAACAAAAAUUAAAUCAAAUCUUUAUUUAAAAAGAAUGGCAGAUGAACUUAUUAUUGUAUUAUUAUCCAUUUAUUUCAUUACACAUGUUUUAAAAAAUGGGAGAACAUGUUUGAAAUCAACUGUCGAAACAUUUUUUUUACAAUUUGUAUACAUAACAAUCGGUAUAAAUGUAGUAUUAAGUAUAAUUGUCGUAAGCCAGUAUGAUUUUUUAUUGUUGUUAUUUUGAGAUGAAAUUGGUAUAUAUAAUUAUUUAGAAUAUAAAAUUUUCCAGUGGAAUGUUUUAUAUGCAAUGAUAUAUACUGUAUCCCAAAUUUUCCUCCAAUUUAUUUUUAUGCCUAUUGACAAUAAAAAGUAACAAUUGAACAUAAUAGGGUGAAAUUGAAUUAUUGUCAAUUGUUUCUAUUUUACAUAUAUACUGUAAUUUUGAAUCUAUUAUAUUUUUCUUUAAUAUCUGUGAUCAAUAUUAUUUUACAUUUGAUCAUCUAAAUUACCAUUAAUUAUUUGAUUGUUUCUGAGGCUAACUUCAUCUAAACCCCAUGUUUAAAUUUAUAUAUCGAAAAUUAAAACCAAAACACGUCUAUAGAAAAAUUUCAUUUAUGAAAUUUACAUAAAGGGUAAAUAUCUUCAGUAAUCAUUAUUAUUUAGUUUACUGGAUUUAUAUUUUAUCGAUCUAGUUUUUCGUCUGUGAUCUAUAUCAUAUUUUGCGUGUUCAUUUGAUGUGUAUUCAGGAACAUAGCCUAAUUCCCCAUUAUUAUUAUUAUUUUUCAAUCGUUAUCUUUAAGUAACCACGACCAAACCCCACAUUGUGAUCAUAAUGGUAUAAAGAAAUAUAAAAAAAAUCAAAUGUGACUAACUCUUUCUAUGAAAAGUUUUAAACUAAAACUUUGGAAGAUUUUCCUAAAAGUUCGAACUUUUUAAUAAUGUUCUAUCGAGGUAGGAAUAUGAGUUUCCUCUGUAACAAAAUAUUUUACUGAUUGACUUUCACACUAAAUUGUAUUUAACCUCACUGACUCAAUACCGAUUACAAGCAUGCCUCAAUUUUGAUUCAACCUCUUAAGGUUCUCUAGUUUAGUGUUGUACUUGAUUUUGAAAGAGGUAUUUUUUCUUGAUUAAUAUUAUGUGCCGAUGUCGUUAUUCAUAAAUCCUUACUUAGUAUUGGAUUAAGAUAUUUCAUUUACAAUAUUUGAUACAGAUGCAUCAUUUGAAUAUCAAAAAUUGAAAUAUUGUAGAUAAUGGAUAUAUAACAUCAUAUUCCCCAUUUUUUUUUACUUAGAAUAAUUGAAAUGAAAUGCCAUUAUAUUUAGUUUCGUUUCAAAAAAAUUUGGGAAACAGUCCAAAUUUAGUAAAUGGAAAUUUAGUUGUAAAUAUUAAAUAUCUUUGAUAGCACAAUGAAAUAAAAAUAUUCAAAGUUUUGUUUAUCAGCAGUGCGUGAAGUGAUACCUAAUUCUACUAAAACAAACCUAUAACUAAUUUAUUGUUAAUGUGAGAAACCAAAGAAAGUUUUGAUAGUCAGAUUGUUGACAAUAGUAAUUCAAUAUAACAAACUAAAAA